AUGGCGCCCGAAAUUGAUACUUUAUUCCACAGCAAUGUCAUUUUCAUCCUCACUGGCAGCGGUGACUUAAUGCGGCCUAAGCCGCUCUACUACAGGCGCACGCGGCACAGCAGCGAGCAGUCCGCGCGAGCUCCUCUGCCCCGCGAGCAGCCGCAGCAGCAGCAGCAGGCGCGAGCGCACUUCACCGCUCAGCAACAAACUCCACACGCUCACUUCUGGAUACAUUUCUGCUCUCUCAGCGUGUUUUUUUUUUCUCCAAAGAAAAUCUUUUUUGUCCUUUUUUGCCUGGACUGGCUGGAUAUUCGUGGGAGUCGUUGUCUCCACAAUGAACGGAAGGUGACCUGCAAACAUCCUGUCUCAGGCUUACCAUCACAAGACAACUGCAUCUUUGUCAUCAACGAACAAUCUGCCUCCAAAGUGCCAGCGAAUGAGAAGAAGGAACGUCCUGUAAGCACCAUGAGCGAGGCCUCCAACUACACAGGCAGCUCGGACUGCCCCGCAAACACCAACAGCCCAGCAGGCAGACCUUCAAGACCCUCCAAGAAGAUUCACAACUUUGGGAAAAGAUCAAACUCGAUCAGGAGGAAUCCCACUGCCCCAGUUAUCAAGAGGAACUGGCUUUACAAACAGGUGAUCAAGAGAAAAGGAAAUCAGGACAGCACAGGCAUGAAGCUGUGGAAGAAGAGGUGGUUUGUCCUUUCCGACCUGUGCCUCUUUUACUACAGAGAUGAAAAAGAGGAGGGGAUCCUCGGCAGCAUCCUCUUACCCAGCUUUCACGUCUCCAUGUUGUCUGUGGAGGAUCAUAUUAAUAGAAAGUAUGCUUUCAAGGCCACACAUCCCAACAUGCGGACGUACUACUUUUGCACAGACACAGCCAAAGAGAUGGAGUCUUGGAUGAAAGUCAUGACUGAUGCUGCACUUGUGCAUGCAGAGCCAGUCAAAAGGUUGGACAGGAUAAAAGUAGAGCAGUGUGGACCACAGGAGACCAACCAUGUUGCCAACCACAAGCUGCCCCUCACGCAGCCUGAAAUUCAGAACAAUGAACGCAACCGUGAAGCAGACAGGCUGCACAAUGUGGCGGUCAACAACACCACAGAAGAAGAUGAAAGGAAGCAGCGCGAUGCCGAGCGCUAUGGUUUCCAGCAGGACGGGGUGGAGCGUGAACGGCCACUCACCAAGAUCAACAGUAUUAAACUGCAGCCAGCCCAAGCAGCAACCAUCAAGGCGAACGUGACCUUGUCGCAGCCUCAGAAUGAGCCUGAAAGGCCGCAUCAUAGCCCCCAAGUGAACGGAUCGGGGGAGCCGGGGCCAGCCGAACAGACCGGGGCCCCUGCCCAGCAGAGUCCCUCCCAUGAGCCGGACCGCAGCCUGAGCCGGACCAGCUCCAUGCAGCAGCUGGAGCAGUGGGUCCGCACGCAGAGAGGACGAGGCCAGGAUGAUGAUACCAGGAGCAUCACCUCGUACCAGACGCUGCCUAGAAAUAUGCCGAGCCACCGGAUGCCCUACAUGCCUCAUUAUGGGGAUGGCUACCGCAGUAUGCCCAGGAAUAGCAUGGCACAGCGGGACAGCAUCUGCAGCAUGUCGCCGUCGCUGUACGACCAGGCCCUGGGUCCAUCGGUGAACGAGAAGCGUCGCUCCAUGCGGGACGACACCAUGUGGCAGUUGUACGAGUGGCAGCAGCGACAGGCCUACUGCAGGCAGCCGGGGCUCUACAGCAAUAUGGCCAGUCCCAAAACCAUGAUCAACUUGUCGGAGCACGCUGUGCCAAGCCACUCCAUCCCCCCCUCGCCUUCCCACGGCUCCCUGUCCAUGUACGGCGGCUACUCCCCCAUGCGCUCUUACAACAUGGCCAACGCCCACUCAGAGGUUUCCUCUCCCGUCUACAGACGAGACAUGAGCAUCGACAGACGGCAGAGGCCACAGAUAAACAAGUAUGCCUACACACCUGAUAGGAGGUCCAUGCCUGCAGGCAUCCCGAUCCAGACUAUCACUGCCCAGUCUCUCCAGGGCAAAACUCCUGAGGAGCUGACUUUGCUGCUGAUAAAGCUGCGGCGGCAGCAGGCAGAGCUAAACAGUAUCCGGGAGCAUACUGUAGCACAGCUUAUGCAACUAAACAUGGAUGGCAACAACCCAAAGCUGAGUCCGGAAGACUACAGGGAGCAAGCCUAUAUGACAGAAGAAGCCGACACUGAUACAAAGCUCAGCCGGUUGUGUGAGCAGGAUAAAAUGGUGAGAGCGCAGGACGAGAAACUUCAGCAGCUCUACAGAGAAAAGCACACCCUGGAGACAGCACUUCUGUCGGCCAGUCAGGAGAUAGAGCUGGGCUCUGAGAACCCAGCAGCCAUGCAGAGCAUCGUCCAGCAGAGAGACUUGCUGCAGAGCGGCCUCCUCAGCACCUGCAGAGAGCUUUCCAGAGUCACCACCGUAAGCACUCACCCGAGGCACUGCUUUGGUCUCCACUUGUUGCCACAGCCACUGACAAAUGAUUUAUUCCUUGCCCAAAACCAGGAGUUGGAACGAUCAUGGAGGGAAUUUGAAAGGCUGGAGGGAGACGUGACUUUAGCCAAGAACAAUUUGCUGGAGCAGCUUGAAGCACUGGGAAGCCCACAGACGGAGCCCCCCAGCCAGCAGCACGUCCGCAUCCAGAAAGAACUGUGGAGGAUACAAGAUGUGAUGGAGGCCCUCAAUAAACACAAAGCCCAGCGAGAGGCUGUCGAUGGGACGGGCCACGGUGGACCCAAGGUCAACUUCAGCAAGCACAAAAAUGAGGAGGAGGACUCGGUACCCCCACGACCACCCUUACCUCAGUCCUACGAGCCCAACCCCCCCACCGUGCCCCCUCCGCCCUCUCAUGCUGGUGUGCGCUCCUCUUCACUCCCCAGGCCAGAGGACAGGAAGACCAAUCACAGGAAUGGCACGCACAGCGGACCUGACUACAGGCUGUAUAAGAGUGAACCAGAGCUCACCACUGUGACUGAGGUAGAUGAGAGCAAUGGAGAGGACAGGUCUGAAAACCCAUCUGAUCGAGAACACGCUGGAAACAAAGGCGGGUCUUACCCGGUUGGCAUAGUUCCGCCGAGAACUAAAUCACCAGUGCCGGAGUCUUCCUCCAUAGCAUCCUAUGUUACAUUAAGGAAGAGCAAAAAACCUGACCCCAGGACGGAGCGUCCACGCAGUGCAGUGGAGCAGCAGCUGUGUUCGGCCGAGGGCAGCCGGCCCAGGAUGAGCGUGGAGGAGCAGCUGGAGAGGAUCCGUCGCCACCAGCAGGGUGCCCUCAGAGGGAGGAAAAAAGGACUCAGUGUCAGGGGUGGCAGCCAAGAGAACACACCCUCUCGAAGUCAAUCAUUUUCCAAAGAAAAUCAUUUACGUGGCAUGCAGUCGCAAAUAAGACGUAGAGAUGAGGUGAUGAGCAGUGACAUUUUGGAGUUGGAGGCCUCUCUCCGGCAGCAGGAGGUGGUGAGGGACCAGGAGACUCCCGCUGAGGAGAUUGCCCGCCUCAAAGAAUCCUCACAGGCUGAUCAUUUUAAUUUGGACCGAGAGCUGUCUGUGCCUGAUAAGGUGCUGAUCCCUGAGCGUUACAUUGAAUCAGACCCAGAAGAGGCUUUGAGUCCCGAGCAGGAAGCUGAUAAGCAGAAGAAAGUGGACCGCAUCAAGGCCCUUAUAGCUAAAAACAGUAUGCAGAAUGUCCUACCUAGUUUGGCUAUAAGCCCAGAGGAGGAAAAUGAAGAGGAGGUUACUGUACAGGAGAAAGAGAAGAUGAUUAAUAUCUCCUAUGAGUUGGCAGCAGAGGCCUCCAAACGCAGCAAGCUGGUAGCAGCACAGGCUCUGGCUUCAGUGAAGACCUACACAUGAAGGAAUCAGCGGGGUAGGUGUGAGGCAGCUCCUGAGGACCCUCCCUACCCUACAGGAGACCAGCACAAGGCCUUGGUACUACAGAGAGUGAAACUGCCUACUUCAUCCUCCCAGGGCUUGACCUCUGACUUCUCAAUGCUCACUGUGACAUCUUAAGCUCAUAUGCCACUAAGACCUUUUCAUUUUUCUUAACUAGCUUUAGGAGGCAACUCUUUCCUCAAUCUUCGUUUUCAGUUUUUACCAGGCUUUUACGUUUGUUUUUUAUAUUUAUAUGGCUUUAUUAGAUUCUUGUUGGAAUAUGGGCUGAUAUAUACCUGUAUAUAUGGAGAGCUAACUGACUGAUGUCUGUUGUGAGCCUAAUGGACUGUGUCAGAAUGUUUUAGGCCAUGCCACAUUUUUCUUCUCAUAUUUCAACAGCUGUUCACAAAGUUUUAAGAUGUGUCCGCAUUCUUUCAGUUCAGUUCAAUCUAAAAAGAAAAAUCUCAGUUCUUUUUAUUUCCAGGUAUCGAUUGUUUAUCCUACCAGUCCUAUUUAUCCAUUUUAUUGUAAAGAAAUUUCUCUAUGUGAAUAAGUUAAUAAGAGAUAUAGAUCCUCCAUUAUAAUAACAGGAGGAGCCACUUUACUGCUGCGUACAAAAAUUCCUAGUACUUUCUCAUGUUUCUGGGUAUUGAUUAUUUAAGAAGGGGAUCUACAGUCCGUGGCACAUCGUUGCCAAUACUUUUAUGAAUGUUUUGGCUUUGGUCACUCUUCCUCUUUUUUAUGGCUGAGAGAUAUAUUUAAAUUAAGAGAAGGGGGGAAAAGUCAGAGCUUAAUUCUAUUUUAUCACAAUUUGGUUUGAACCCUACAGCUAAAAAUAAAAGAUAUUAGCAUGUGUAAAAAGCAAUAAAAUUAUAAACCUUUGCAAAUCCACAAUAUUAUGUGUGAGAGUGUGUGUGUGUAAAAAGUGUAAUUAUCAGACGUUUACUGUGUAUAUAAUGUACAUGGUACAUCUGGAUGGGAUGAUAUGUCCAGCUGAUGGUUACGCACCAGAAUGGAUUUGCAAAUGUUCAUAUCCCAUCUGUUUUAUAUCAUGUUAAAUAAAUGUUUCUGUU